AUGGGAGAGGUUCUUUUUACGGCCAAGAAUAAGGUGCAUGACUGUGUUGAUGUGGAGAAGAAGCUGAGGGUAAUGGUUCAAUACGAAGAGGAGAACGUGAUUGCGGUGAAAAAGCAAAGCACUUUCUUGACCCAGCGUGCCCCACAGACGAUUCCGGCGCCUUUACACUGCCUAUCUCUUCAGCUUACGGCCGAUUAUUUCCUGAAGGACUACAGCAGCAAGGAAGACGUGGAAACUGACAAGCUCGAGGAUCCCAGUCUCUACCACUAUGCCAUCUUCUCUGAUAACGUUCUGGCUACGUCAGUGGUCGUCAACUCGACUAUAUCCCACGUCAGAGAGCCAGAGAAGCACGUGUUUCACAUCGUCACUGAUCGACUGAAUUUUGUGCCCAUGAAGAUGUGGUUUCUAGUCAAUCGUCCCCCUCAUGCAACAGUGCACGUGGAGAAUAUGGACGAAUUCAGGUGGUUGAAUUCUUCCCUUUCUCCGGUUCUACGCCAACUUGACUCAGAGAUGAUGAAGGAAUAUUAUUUCGGGUCGGAUCAUCCGUCGUCUCUCUCUGUUGGGGAUGACCAUCUCAAGUACAGAAACCCCAAGUACCUCUCCAUGCUGAACCACAUCAGAUUCUACAUGCCAGAAAUUUACCCAAAGCUGGAGAAGAUAUUAUUUUUGGACGACGACGUCGUGGUGCAGAAGGAUUUGACUCCUCUUUGGUCUCUUGAUAUGAAUGGGAUGGCGAAUGGUGCAGUGAUGACAUGCAAAGAUACUUUCCACCGACUGGAUACGUAUCUCAACUUCUCUAACCCGGAGAUUGCUAGUAGUUUUCACCCAAAGGCAUGCGGCUGGGCAUUCGGCAUGAAUAUCUUUGAUUUGAAGGCUUGGAAGAUGCACGACGUGACCGAAAUAUAUCACAAAUGGCAAGACUUGGUAAGAAAGAGCGUAGUUUGCUUGUUCUGUUCUCUAUGUUACGUUUACAUCUCUCUCUCUCUCUUGCUAUAUAUACAUGUCUUCGUCCCAGUGUAUGAAUUCCUACCAUCAUGCUAUCUUUCUUUCAUUAUUUUAUUAAAUUGACAAAGAAUUGGCAAUUGUGCGGUGGCAUGGACUGCAGAAUUGGGACCGGAGACUGUGGAAGCUGGGAACAUUGCCUCCAGGCCUGAUAGCGUUUUACAACCUGACGUACGUUCUGGACGAUACCUGGCAUGUCUUGGGACUCGGCCACGAAUCAGACGUUCAAAUAGAUGAAAUAGAGAAGGCGGCCGUAAUCCACUACAACGGCAACCACAAGCCCUGGAUGGAGCUCGCCGUUUGCAGGUUCAAGAAGCACUGGUCCAAAUAUGUCGACCUUGAUAAUCCGUACCUGAUGAAUUGCGGCCUUAGUUUAGAAUGUCAUAUGACGCAGUGA